CUGUCUGUUGUGUGGUAAACAAGCAAGCAACCAAGCAACAAACAACCCAAACAACCCAUCUUAGGCCAUUUCUGAAUGAUAUAAAGAUGACGAGCAUCAGUGAAAUAUGUGAGAGUACGAGGAUGGCUCGUGAGAUGGCCCUGCUUGGAAAUUAUGAGUCAGCUACUGUAUACUACCAGGGGGUUGUGCAGCAAAUCCAUCGGCUACUGCAGACAAUACAGGAUCCAUCCAGGAAACUCAAAUGGCAACAGGUCCAGCAGCACAUUGCCAGAGAGUACGAGCAGGUGAAUGGCAUCACUCACACACUAAGCCUCUUCCGUGCUGGAGACCAUGAUAGCCGACCAAUUGGCACUUCGCUGCGCGCCUCGUCGUUCGAGGAGCCAACCCGUGACCCGGAUGUGUGGCCGCCCCCACCGCCGCGAGACCCCGACGUUUGGCCGGCACCCACCACCACGGAGCACAAACCCUCUCCCCAGGUGCGACCGGUGCGCGGGCCGAAGAAGACCGACUCAAAGCCGCCGUCUCGUAACUCGCGUAACAGCGGCGUGGGUGGCUCCACGUCAAAAAGAACCGGUGGCACGUCCAAGAGUCGCCGCGAGGACAGCAAGAGCAGCGACCGGCGCAGCAAGGGCAGCCGCGACGACAAGAAGGCUGACGAUAAGGGCGGUGAUAAGAGCGGCGACCCGAAGGAGGGCAGCAGCGGCGGCGCAGAGGGCGGCGACGAUGAGGAGGAGAAGCGAUUCGACCCCUCCGGCUACGACCGCGACCUGGUGGAGAUGCUGGAGCGCGACAUCGUCCAGAAGAACCCGGACGUGCGUUGGGACGACAUCGCCGACCUGCACGAGGCCAAGCGGCUGCUGGAGGAGGCAGUCGUGCUGCCCAUGUGGAUGCCAGAUUUCUUCAAGGGCAUCCGUCGUCCGUGGAAGGGAGUGCUAAUGGUCGGCCCGCCCGGCACCGGCAAGACGAUGCUGGCCAAGGCGGUGGCCACCGAGUGCGGCACCACCUUCUUCAACGUGUCCUCGUCGACGCUGACGUCCAAGUACCGCGGGGAGUCGGAGAAACUCGUCAGACUCCUGUUCGAGAUGGCCCGUUUCUAUGCGCCAUCCACGAUCUUUGUGGACGAGAUCGACUCUUUGUGCUCUCGGCGCGGCUCGGAGACCGAACACGAGGCCUCCCGACGGGUGAAAUCGGAGCUACUGAUGCAAAUGGACGGCAUCAGCUCGUCCCAGGACGACCCCUGCAAGAUCGUGAUGGUGCUGGCGGCCACCAACUUCCCUUGGGACAUUGACGAGGCGCUGCGGCGGCGACUGGAGAAGCGCAUCUACAUCCCGCUGCCCAACAGCAACGGCCGGGAGGCGCUGCUGCGUAUCAACCUGCGUGAGGUGGCCACCGACCCGGAGCUGGACCUGAAGUCCGUGGCCGACCGGCUGGACGGCUAUUCGGGAGCUGACAUCACCAAUGUGUGCAGGGACGCCUCAAUGAUGUCCAUGCGUCGUAAGAUCGCCGGCCUCCGCCCCGAAGAGAUCCGCGCGCUGCCCAAGGAGGAGCUGGAGCUACCCGUCACCGACCACGACUUCAACGAGGCCAUCGAGCGCUGCAACAAGUCUGUCUCCGCCAGCGACCUCGAGAAGUACCAGGCUUGGAUGAACGAGUUCGGGUCCAGCUAGGAGGCAGGCGCGAUGGGAUCGGGGUGACUUGGAAGAACGCAAGCGGAGGGGGAGAAGGGAGGAUGACGGAACACCAAAGCGUUGGAGAACACAACUACAAGGGUGGGGUGGAUUAUUUAAAAUUAUGGGGGGGGGCAGACCACAGCGGAUUUAGAGAAACUGUCGGGGUCACCAGAGUUGCGGUAGGAAGCUGUCGUCAGGGGCUGCACCAGGUCCCGAUGAAGUUGAGAACGGGACAGCACAACCUAACGUUGAUGAGUGAUAGUUCAGUGGGGCUUAUGGGGCAGCUGGCUCCGGCUGGGGUUGGACAUGGUGGUCGAGGGCAGCAAACACUGAAAACGGGGAAGAUCGUCAGAUGCGUCGAUUUCUAUGUGAGGUGGAUGGGAGGCGACCUUCAGAGGAUAGCCUUAGGUUCCGGGUAGGAUGAUUUGAAAAACGACUGUCAGUAAAACCUUCGGCUCUCAGUGGGGAGGGGCAUACAGUCUGCCUGGCAGCUGAGACGAGUAAUCUCGAGAGCAGUGGUACAGAUUUAUUAGAGGUGCAAAUAACGCUUUUAAAGUGGAAUGGAGAAGUAUAUACAGCUGACAUUUACAUUGCAUAAUAACUAGCAGUGAGCCUAAAGUAAGGUCGAGGAUUGUGACCAGCGUACUUCGUUACAAUAUGGAAGGUUACGACUGAAACCGUAAGUAGCGGGUCGUGGAAGGGCAGGGUUCGUUGGAGAGUUAGCUAGGCCGUGGCUGGGCGAUGACUCGGUUUGGGGUUGAUAAAGCUGGCCACACCACGGUGUGUGCAGAGGAUAGGCAGCUUUUACUUUAUCUAUGUGUGCGUGUUACGGGCCCGUUUAUUUAUCGGGUGGCACUGUGAUACUAACACAACUACCAGCACGCCUUUGGUUAGUAACCUGUUGCCUUCUCGAGCUAUGGUGUGAAACUGAUGUACUCAUAUGGUUGGGAAAUGGGACGGAACAGCAAGCUUCACGUCAAGAGCAGUUUAUGACGUAAGAUAACAUGUUGGAGCCUGUCAGCAAGAAGUCUGUCAGGAUCUGAACGUAUUUAUGAUAACUUUGCACAUAAUCAUGUCGGAAAUCUAAGAGCGUGCUUGACUGACGGAACACAACACAACUUUCGAUAGCGAGUAGGUAGGGCACGUUUUGUAGUGAACUAUAAAAAUUCGCUACGUUUAGCGGCUAGCGCUGUGAUAAUCCAGUGCUGGUUGAGUUAGACCAGAUUUGAUCUUCGGGAACAAAUAUCCAUUCCGAUGUUGAUAUUUUCAGCGUCUGUUUGUCUUCUGCACGUCUCAUAAUGAUAAUACACGAUCAACUCACA